ACGUGACGCGAAUGGAAUGCCAACAAUGUAGCGAAUGUCCCGACUGCGCCCCGCACUCGGCGCCCGGGACGGCCGAGGGGGAAGAUGGAGACCGACCCGCGCCGUCGGGGUCGCCGCCGCCGCUGAGCCGUUCCGUGACGGCCGCCCCCGGUAGGCGAGCGACGGCGCUGGGAGCCCCGAGGAGACACUGUCAUUCUGCAAAAUGAUGAUUCCAAGGAUUUUCAUUUUCUGUAGGAAACAUGAAGAUCGUGAGCUGAAGUAAAACGUCGGCAGAAGUUUCUUGAGAAUUUUGCCUUUUCUUUUUCUCUUUGAAGGAUUACGUUUACAAGAAAUUGAUACCAUCAAGCGACACUUUUUUGAAAUAAUCUUUGAAAAAACUAAGAAUAAAGCUGUAUUUAUGCUCAGAGAAAACUGGAUUAACAAUGAGGCCAAAGACUUUUCCUGCUACAACAUAUUCUGGAAACAGCAGACAAAGGUUACAAGAGAUUCGAGAAGGUUUAAAGCAACCAUCCAAAUCUUCAGGUCAGGGACUACCUAUUGGACCAGGCAGUGAAACUUCUCUGGACCCUAAAAUUUUAAUAGGGAAGGAUGCUGCAAGGCAGCAGCAGAUGAGACAGACACCUAAGUUUGGACCGUAUCAGAAAGCUCUGCGAGAAAUUAGGUAUUCUUUGCUGCCUUUUGCUAAUGAGUCGAGCACUCCAGCAGCUGUUGAAGUAAAUAGGCAGAUGCUCCAGGAACUGGUGAAUGCAGGUUGUGAUCAGGAGAUGGCUGUCCGAGCACUGAAGCAGACGGGUAGCAGAAGUAUUGAAGCAGCUCUGGAGUAUAUCAGUAAGAUGAGCUACUUGGAUCCUAGAAAUGAACAGAUAGUACGUGUAAUUAAGCAGACUUCACCAGGAAAGGGUAUUGUGCCAAAUAAUGUAACCCGCAGGCCAAGCUUCGAAGGAUCAAACGAAUCUUUUCCGUCCUACCAUCAGAUCAGUAAUGCAGCCUAUGAAGGGACAGGCUUUGGAGCAGAAGGUGCAAAUAUGCUUACUGAAGUUCCAAGGCCGUACAUGGACUAUUUAAUCUCUACUUCACAGUCUACAGCUAUGAAUGCUCCUGUGCAGCGACCCUCUGGAGUAGGCACUCACAGCACACAAACAAGCCAUCAGCAGAAAACAUACCCUCCAAAUAUUGAGUCUUCUGUGAUUAAUUAUCCAGUGGGUAAUCACAGCAGUCAAGCUUUGCAGCUGCAGGCAUCCCAUGGCUCCAACAGCCAACAUUAUAGUAGGCAGCACAUGAUGGUGCAGGGGGAACCUAUGGGGUAUGGCGUUCAGCGGAGUCCAUCCUUCCAAAACAAGAUGCAGCAGGAGGGAGGAUACACCAAUCUCCCAAAUAAAGGGGCAAUUGUUCAGAAUAAUUCUGCUCACGCGUUUCAGCAGGCACCAGCAAGCCUGUAUAUAUCACAUUCUCAUCACAAACAGACAAGUCCUUCUUCUCAUCAAAUGCAUGUGAUAUCAAGAGGUCCAGCCUUUGCUAAUGAUUUUUCAGACAGUCCACCACAAAAUCUGUUAACUCCAUCUAGAAAUAGCCUAAACAUGGACCUCUAUGACAUGAAUAAUCCUCAAGUUCAGCAGUGGCAGGCAGCAACACCAUCACGCCGAGAUUCUUUACAAAAUCCAGGAAUAGAAACGUCUCCACGGCAACAUGUAUCCUUCAGACCCGAUGCCACAGUGCCGAGCAGAACAAACUCCUUUAACAACCACCAGCAACAGCCACAAGUGACAGUGUCUAUAAGGCAGGUUCCUCCAGGGAAACCUGAUCCUUCAAUUACGUCUCCAAAUACGAUCACAGCAGUCACAUCCGCUCAUAUUCUCCAGCCAGUGAAGAGCAUGCGAGUGAUGAGACCUGAGCCUCAGACUGCAGUGGGACCUUCCCAUCCUGGAUGGUUACCUGCGCAGGCACAAGCCGUGGACGGCUUGGAGAUCAUUGAGCAGCAUGUGCCACCUGUUGGAGCAGCUAAUGCCUAUCAGCUAGAUGUGGAUUAUGGCAACCAGGAACUACGGUGUCCACCACCACCAUAUCCCAAGCAUUUGUUACUUCCUGGUAGCUCUGAGCAGUUUGAUAUCAACUGCUUAUGCAUGGGUGUAGAGCAGACUCUUCGUGUAGUCCCCAGUUCAACGUGCAAUAAGGCUGAGGAGAACAGCGAGCGAAAUGAUAAAAGCAGCAAGAACACUAAAGCUGAAAAACCAAGCAAGGAUAAAAAGCAGAUUCAGACGUCUCCGGUGCCUGUGCGAAAAAAUGGCAAAGAUGAAGAAAAGAGAGAAUCCCGAAUAAAGAGCUACUCACCUUUUGCCUUCAAGUUCUACAUGGAGCAACAUGUAGAAAAUGUCAUAAAGACCUACCAGCAGAAAAUUAACAGAAGAUUACAAUUGGAGCAAGAAAUGGCUAAAGCUGGCCUUUGUGAAGCAGAACAGGAACAAAUGAGGAAAAUUCUCUACCAGAAGGAGUCCAACUACAACAGACUUAAAAGGGCCAAAAUGGACAAAUCUAUGUUUGUGAAAAUCAAGACUCUGGGUAUUGGUGCAUUUGGAGAAGUAUGUUUGGCCUGCAAAGUGGAUACCCAUGCCCUGUAUGCCAUGAAGACUCUACGAAAGAAAGAUGUUUUAAACCGGAACCAGGUGGCUCACGUCAAAGCAGAGAGGGACAUACUUGCUGAGGCAGACAACGAAUGGGUGGUUAAACUCUAUUAUUCCUUCCAAGAUAAAGACAACUUGUACUUUGUGAUGGACUACAUCCCAGGAGGGGAUAUGAUGAGUCUACUGAUUCGGAUGGAGGUCUUUCCAGAGCGUCUGGCUAGAUUUUAUAUUGCAGAGCUCACUUUGGCUAUAGAGAGCGUGCACAAAAUGGGAUUUAUUCAUCGAGACAUCAAACCAGACAACAUUCUGAUAGACCUUGAUGGGCAUAUCAAACUGACUGACUUUGGACUGUGUACUGGAUUCAGGUGGACUCACAAUUCAAAAUACUAUCAGAAAGGGAGCCAUAUCAGACAAGACAGCAUGGAGCCCAGUGAUCUUUGGGAUGAUGUGUCCAACUGUAGAUGUGGAGAUAGGCUGAAGACAUUGGAACAAAGAGCUAAGAAGCAGCAUCAGAGAUGUCUAGCCCACUCAUUAGUUGGAACCCCUAAUUACAUUGCUCCUGAAGUCCUGCUUCGUAAAGGAUACACUCAGCUCUGUGACUGGUGGAGUGUUGGUGUGAUCCUCUUUGAGAUGUUAGUGGGACAGCCUCCUUUUCUGGCUCCUACACCCACAGAAACCCAACUGAAGGUGAUAAAUUGGGAAAGCACACUGCACAUUCCCUCACAGAUCAAGCUCAGCCCUGAGGCAACUGAUCUCAUCACAAAGCUCUGCUGUGCUGCUGAGGACAGGCUUGGAAGAAAUGGAGCAGAUGAUAUUAAGGCCCAUUCUUUCUUUCACUCUAUGGACUUCUCUACCGACAUCCGUAGGCAGCCAGCUCCCUAUGUUCCAAAGAUCAGCCAUCCAAUGGACACCUCAAAUUUUGAUCCAGUUGAAGAAGAAGGUCCUUGGAACGAUGCUAGCGGUGACAGCACCAGGACAUGGGAUCCACUAGCCUCUUCCAAUAGCAAACACACAGAACAUGCUUUUUACGAGUUUACUUUCCGAAGGUUCUUCGAUGACAACGGGUAUCCGUUCAGGUAUCCCAAACCUUCUGGAAUGGAAGUUGGCCAGUCUGAGAAAUCUGAUGUAGAAGACAAAGGUGUGGUGGAUGAGACUGGAGCCUGUCAGCCUGUAUAUGUGUAAAUUAUUGUAUAGAGUACUCCAGAUAAGACUAAUAUCAAAUCCAGUAGGGCCUUUAACUGAUCCUUUAGGAGCUGAUCCUGUAGCAGUGCUUUUUCAGGUGUAACUUCAGCUGAGGCUGGAGUUGUCCUGGGGAGUCAGAAGCUUGCAGGGCCAGGUCCUAAAAAUGGCACUCUUGAAAGUUCAGGUCAGUUUUACUGUAAAUAACUUUGUUGAUAAUUACACUUGAAAUCCUGGUCUUCACCAAAAUCUGCAAGGCCAGCAGUCUGUCAUUUCUAGGCCUAUUUUUAUUUGAGGUCAGCACCCCCCUACUCAGAUUAACAUUUACAGACUUCCGCAACUGUCAGCGUUGUUUUUUAAAUGAAUAAAGAGCACUUAUAUUUUGUUUAUAGCAGGGGGUUUUUUCCUACUAAAUUAUAGGGAUUAACUUUGACAAAUCAUGCUGCUGUUCUUCUUUUCUACAUUUUUAUUUUAUCCAUAGCACUUAUUUCACAUUUAGGAAGAUGCAUAAAGCUGAAGAACAUGUGAUGAAAGGUCUCUGUGCAAUAAUGUAAGAAAGAAAAAAGAAAAGAAAAAUGAACAAAAAAAAAAAACUCUCUAAUUUUCUAAAUUUACUGAUGCCAUUGUAUUCGCACCAUGAUUUUUGUUUAUUAUAUGUAUUUUCCACAUUUCAAAAUUGUGACAUAACCUUAAAGCUGCUUUAUUUCCUUCUGCUUAUUGGAGUGUAAUAGAAAGUGUGAGCAAGUGACAAUUUGGGUGUGAUUUCAUUGUCUAGUGUGUGAAGAAUGUUGCAUGAGCAGUGUUUUUCUGUUUGAAAUGGCCUUUUCUUGCCAUUCACAGGCAGGUCCUGUGGAUCCGUUUUUACUGAGGGUCUAAAAUUAGACCAUUUUAAACUGUGUGUUGAUAAUGUAUUGUGUGGGUGGUUUCUUCUUAUGAUUGUAUCCAAUAUUAAUUUUGUAAAACAGAUUGCAAAGGUUAUAACUGAAUAGUGAUUUUGUGGUCUGAUGUAAUAGAUCAUUUCAGUAAACAUGUAUCAUCAGCACACGUUUCCCCACAAAGAUCAAUAGCAAGAUGGUUAUUACAAAGCUGAUUUGUGGCAACAGUCUAGACCGGGCUUAUUCACGUGGCAUGCAGCACAGCAUCCGUUGUUUAAUUUUAGCAGUAAUGCAGAGCACCAAUACUAACAUAUGUAGCUCAGCGUCUUCAAAACAGAGUGUCUAACGCCGUGCUCCCGUAACGCAUAAGGAUCCUGAGUGCCACGAGGCUGAUGUUGGGCGCGUGCAGCUCCACAGACGUCUACAGAACCGGGAGGUACAUGGCUUUUCCAGACAUCAGAUCCCUACACGUGACUGGCUGUGUAUCCAUUUAGGAUCCUAAUGUUUUAGGCACUGACAUAUGAAAAUGUUGGCUUUGUUCAUAGGUCAUUCUGUCCUGUUGCCUAUAGGUAAAAAUGUUGCUGUGAUGGAGCACAAUAGUCCUGCAUUUCUGUCAAAUUAUAGGCAUACUUUGAAAUAUCAAUUCUUAACUAUGUUAAAAUAUGCAUUUUUCUUAUAUGUAUAAGUGAGAAUUAUUCAAGGUGAUAUCAGAAUACUAAAGAUAAUUAAGCCAUACAUAUUUGCAUAUAUAUUAUAUAUAAUUAAAUAAGUAAACACACAAAAAUCCUUAAUUCAGAUUAGUGUAACAGUCCUAUUUAAAGUGAUUGACGUAAUAACAUUUGAGGAAAACACUCCUUUAAUGUGUUUUUGCUUUAUUUUAUUUUUAAAUCUGGAGCUUCAUUAUUUUUUCCGUAUAUUAUUCCACAUAUUAUUCCUUAAUGUUUUAGCAUAUCCUAUCCUAUCCAUUGUUUAGAUAUCUAAGCAACAACAUAUAAAUUCAUCAGCCUAAACUAAACAAAAAUGAUUGUGUAUUUGUUUACAUUUGUAUGAAAGGAAUGUUCUGAGGUAUGCAGUGCUUGUGUUGUGACAGUUCAUGUAAGAUUCAGUAUUACUGCUUUUUUAUAUAGUAAUGCCAUUUUUUGUUAUUUACAUCUAUCUGACAUUCUUUCAUGUGGUAGGUUCUUUCUCAGGAACUCAAUUUAACUGUUAUUUAUUGAUAUAUCAUUGCCUUUGAAAGCUUCUACUGGCACAAUUUAUUAAAAAUCUGAAUCAAAAUCUAAAA